UUUAUUAAAUUUAACUAAUAGAUAUAUUGAAUUUUCUAGUUUAUUGUGAUUUAAGUGCGUACUGUUUUUCUUUUAAGUGUCGUAUAUAUGCGUAACGAUAAUUUUGUUAUGUCUUUUGAGCCUGGGAUUUGGGAGUCAAAUCAUUCAGGUCCCGAAUUAUCAAGCUAUUCAUCAGAAAUUUCACCGUACACAUCGUUGUGGGAUCCGCAUUGUAUGAAUCCACCAAACUCAGCCAUGAUAUCGAGUUACCCUGAUAUAUUAUCAGGUUUUCCAUCUGAUUUUGUAUGGCCUCGUCAACAAUGUGGAGGAAUGGUUCAACAAAGAAUUUCAAAUCGAUCAAAUGGAACUGGAAAUGGAACAAGUACACAUAAAAAACCAAGGCGUCGUGUUGCUACUGUAGCACAGCGUCGAGCAGCAAAUAUUCGAGAAAGACGCCGUAUGUUUAAUUUAAAUGAAGCAUUCGAUAAGUUACGUCGUAAGGUACCAACAUUUGCAUACGAAAAACGUUUAUCGCGCAUUGAAACUUUACGUUUAGCUAUCACAUACAUAAGUUUCAUGUCAGAAUUGUUGCAUGGACCCACAAUUGAUUCAAAAGCAACAGACUUGUUUCAAAUUCCACAACGGGAAUAUAUCCCAUAUGGAUUAAUACCUAAUUAAUUUUAAUAAUAUAUUUUAAGUCGAAAUCGAAU